UCAAGCGGAAAAAUGGGAGCCAGCACGAAAACAAGUCGCUUCGCUCUUGUCUUCACUGGUGUGGCCUUCCUGUUCGUCCUGAUAGCCUUUGUGUCGCCUUACUGGCUGCAGCACGAUGGGCUGAACAGGGCGCCGAAGUUCCUGCACUUGGGACUCUGGGAGGUGUGCUUCACCAAAUUCCAGGACAUCAAUCGCUGGUACGACGUGCGCUUCAACGGAUGCAUGUGGGUGUUUGAGGAGGAAUACUACAUCAUCCAUGACUUCCUGCUGCCGACCUUCUUCGUGGCCACGCAGUUCUUCUUCACCAUCUGCUUCACGCUCCUGCUGCUGUCGCUCUUCCUCACCAUCCUCUUCCUGCUCGCCUCGAAGGACGACGAUCGCUACAUAAUGCUUCUGCUGACCAACGGAGCGGUUCAGGUGAUUGGCGCCACUUGCGGUCUCAUUGCCGUCAUCACGUUCGGCGCCCGAGGCGACGGACGCGACUGGAUGCCAAACUGGGAGCACAACAACAUGGGAUGGGCGUUUGCGCUCGCCGUCCUCGGCACCAUGAGCCUCUUCCCCGCUGGGAUCCUCUUCCUGAUCGAGGCGCGCAAGAUCAAGUACAAGCGACUCAAUGAGAUCGGCACGCGAGAGGCCAGCGCCUACAGCAUGGACGACAGGAAGCUGCGCGCAGGAGCCAGUGGCCACACGGACAUCUAGAGAGGAUGCUCAGGAUCCUCCCUUUGCACCACAUCCGUCCAUACUCGAGUAACUAUUGAGUCUCGUCUUGAGUAGUUUUAAGAAACACAGAAGAUUCCGUCCAUUUAUCGUGAAUCCGACGACAGGGAAGAGUCUGCUUAUUGCCUCUUUCGCGAAAUUUUACAAUAUAUCUCAUCAAGUAUUGUUUAAUAAACAAUUUGUACCCUUUUAG